UUGGCUCGGAGGACUUGGGGCCUCUGGGCCUGGCUUGGCGACUGGCGAAUUCUUCCUCGCCGGGGGUAGAUUCCCGGGCUAAGAACCUGGUUCAACCCAACCAGAUCCAGCGGGGAGCGAAGCCGGGUCACGUGGCCAGCGGCCCCAUGACGUUUGGGCUGCGGGACUUCAUCGUGAUCUUCCGGCGACCCGCCCAGUGGUCCAGCUGCCUCCGCCACCUGUGCGGCCGCCGUGCUGUCAUGGACCUGGGACCGCUGCGCAAGAGCUACCGCGGGGAGCAUGAGGCAUUUGAGGAGACUCAGCUGAUCUCCUUGGACCCCAUGAAGCAGUUUGCUGCCUGGUUCGAGGAGGUUGUCCAGUGUCCUGACAUAGGGGAAGCCAAUGCCAUGUGUCUUGCUACGUGUACCAGAGAUGGGAAACCGUCUGCCCGCAUGGUGCUCCUGAAGGGCUUUGGCAGAGAUGGCUUCCGCUUCUUCACUAACUUCGAGAGUCGAAAGGGAAGAGAACUGGACUCUAAUCCCUUUGCUUCCCUUGUCUUCUACUGGGAGCCCCUAAACCGUCAGGUGCGAGUGGAGGGUUCCGUGAAGAAGCUACCCGAGGAGGAGGCCAAGUGCUACUUCCACACCCGCCCCAGGACCAGCCAGAUUGGGGCUGCGGUCAGUCACCAGAGUUCCGUGAUCCCCGAUCGGGAGUAUCUGAGAAAGAAAAGUAAGGAGCUGGAGCAACUCUACCAGGAACAAGAGGUGCCGAAGCCAAAAUACUGGGGUGGCUUCGUACUGUACCCACAGGUAAUAGAGUUCUGGCAAGGCCAAACCAACCGCCUGCACGACCGGAUCGUCUUUCGACGGGGCGUACCGACAGGAGGCUCCCCCUUGGGGCCCAUGACCCACCGAGGGGAGGAAGACUGGGUCUAUGAGAGACUUUCGCCCUGACUCCCAAUCUGCUGGUGCUGACUGGGAUCGGGGCCGUGCUAAGACAGGGUAUGGGUUCAGGAGCCAGGCCCUUUUAAACUCAGCCCAUUUCCCUUCCCACCUCUCAUAUUCAGGGCCCUUCAGAGUUCAUCCUCCGCGUUCUCUGUAGUCAGCUGGUCUAGUGUCAUAGACAAUCACAAAUGGAAAAGAAUCCCAUAAUUAGUUUCUUGACCUUAACUGUGAUGAAUUGGAGCAGCUCCCUCUAGGGGUAGUGUCUGGUGUGAUUCCCUUUUCUGGUGACAGGGCGUGGGCCCCCAGCAGCCUUGUCCGUCAUCAAGGGACAGAGUCAUGCUGGCCAAAGCUGAUUGGUCCCAGCAGAAGCACCUGAGCCAAUCUAGCCAAUCGGUUUUUCUUGUCACCAAUUGGAAAUUUGAAAUGGAGCGACUCCGAGCAUAGGAGUCAUAGCCAAGUCACUAAUGGCAGCCCGGAGGCCACAGCCUCUGCCUGCUGCUCUUGCAGUCCCCUCAGCAGUCCCUGGACCCCUCCUUCCCAUGUCUGGGUUGUGCAAUUCCUCCUCCUCCUACCUCAGAAAACCCAUUAUCUCUAAAAAAAAAAAAAUUUUUUUUUUUUGGCUUAAACUAGCCAGAAUUGAUUUGCAUAGCUUGCAACAAAAAGAACCUUAACUAACUCAUUUGCAAAUAGGAUGUUUUUAUACCACUUACCCAACUGAUAGCUGCCUUGCAUUAUCUGAAGCACAGCAAUGUGGAACAGAGACUAAAUUUAUUCUCUGUAGCUCCAAGGGACCCAUAGGUGGAAGCUGCACAGAAGUAGAUUUCAUCUCAACAUGGGAAGAGAUUUCAAACAAUUGGGGCUGCCUAGGAGGACAUAGGUUAGUGUCAGACAGGAGUUCUGUAGAAGGGACUCAUGCUGGUACCUGCGUGUCAGGAAGCUUUUCAUCAAGCUUUACUUUCCAUGUUUGUUUAUAAAAGCUCUAUGUAUAUGAAAUACAUAUACACAUAUGUUUAUGUGUAUUUCACUUUCCAGGUAUACAAUUAAAUAAUAGAGAUUAUAUCUUUCUGACACUCACACAUCCUUUCACUCCCACCCCCACCCCUACUGGUGACCACUCCUAGAUCACUGGUUUUCAUCCUCACUGGAAUUACCAAGGAGCUUCAAAAUCCCUGGUGCCCAGUCCCACCCUCAGAGAUGACUGGACCAGUGUGAGUGCAGCCUGGACUUGGGGAAAUUUUAAAGGUGCUCAGGGAAUUCUGUGCAGCCAAGGUUGAGACCCCCGGUAGUAGGUCCUUGCUACUUGCAGUGUGGUCCACAGGCCACCAGCAUCAGCGUCACUUGGGAGCCCACCCCAGACCCAUUGGAUCUCACUCUGCUUUUAACAAGACCACCCUCUCCCCCAGGUGACCGGAUGCACUAGUCUCAACCUCUAAACCAGCCACCUCCCGCCCUCACAAUUGGAUUCUUCAGUAACCCUUGCCUGAGGCCUGUGCUGAACUGUAGUAUUUGCUUUCCUUGAGCACAAGUCUGGUGACCAGGGACAACCUGGGUGAGUGGCCCACAAGCUGUGGAGAGGAGCCAGGCUGGGCAAAUGUUUGCUGUGACUAAGCCAGGAUCAGAGAACUGACUGUACACGCUGGCACUGAACUUGCUACUCUGUAAACUGCUUCAUUCCACCGCAUGGGCGUGUGCUUCGGCGUCUGUUACUGACUGCCUCCUCCCGGGGUGGCCCUCUGGGCAUUGACCCCUCCCUUAAGCCUGGAUGCAGGAAGGCACAGUAGUAACCCUGUGGCCACCUGCAGGAGAGAGUGCUGGGGUGCCCUUCCCUGCCUUGUCCUGUUUGUGUUCCUGGGAGCAGUGUACCCCGUCUGCUUUGAGCCUGAUCUCAGCCGUUCCUUUCCUCUUCUCUGUCUGACAAUCACUGUGCCAAGUCUAUAAUAAAAGCUCAUCAGCCAUG